AGGUAGCCAUCAAUCGACUGAUUGAGAGUUCCCCCAUUGCAGUAUGAGCAACCAGCCCAUCAACGUGGGCCCUCAGCAGGCGGUGUAUGGCGCCGUGGAGCCGCCCCCGGGCAGCCCCGAGAGAGAUGCCAUGUGGUGAGUCAAUAGGCGAAACUCCUUAGCCAUGCAUCAUGAUACACACAGGAGGAAAGCCCCCAUAUCGGUGCUUUGCUUUUCUCCCCAGGAGCGCGCGCUGGUCUGACGGCAUUUGCGGGCGAGUCGUCUCACUCACUUAGAGACAGACAGACAGACAGACAGUGUCACAAUGCAUGCUUGACGUCAUCUGUCUGUUGCUAUCUGCGGUCUGCGACGCUUUGCAGCUGCUUCAGCGACUGUUUCUCCUGCAUCUUGGGCUGCUGCGGCCUGGGAUGCAUCAACAAGGCAAGCUGUCGACACAACCACUCACUCACUCACUCACCCAUCCGUCCAUCCAUCCAUCCAUCCAUUCACCCACUCGUGUGUGUGACACUGUGUGUGUGUAUGUGUGUGUGUGUGCGAACAGGCGCAGGCCGUGGAGCGGGUGAAGAUCAUGGGCCUUUGGCCGGCCAUAAUACUGUUCGGCAGCCUGUCGAUCCUGCUCCCCCUGAUCCUCACCGGCGUCAUGGAAAUCAGGUUCACCUCCAAGUACCCCCACCUCUCCAGUGUCGGUAGCUUCGGCACGAAUGCGAAGUGUUACGAAGCCAUUAAAAUGCUCGGACUAGUAAGCAGGCUAGAACUGGGAAGGGGAGAGGGGGACUGCCUGCGUGCCUCUGCCUGCCUGCCUGCCUGUCUCCAUGCCUGCAUGCCUGCCUGCGCGCAUUCUUGGCUGCAUGGGUCCCCACUUGUGUGGUUUGUGUGUUCUGUCUGUUUGUUCAGGGAGACCCUUUCAAAAAGUACCUGUCCUACGAAACCCGUCGGCGGCUUGGCUGGGAGGAGAAGCCCAUCAUUCGUCCCUUCGUGUUUCCUAAGAUACCAGAGGACGUCAGUAGAGGGAAGACGGAGACACACAUUCACACUCACACAGACAGACAGACAGACAGAGACAGACAUCCAUAUCAACAGCAUCCAUCCAUCCAUCCAUCGCUUCUUCUCUCCUUGUGCGUGGCGUGCAUACGAUAUAUCUGUGUGUGUCUUUAUGUUAUGUAUCUGUGCAGCUUCCGGCCGAGGGUGUGGCACUGAUCUACCUGGAGUACGAGCAGUUCGAGAAGGACAGCGUGCUCCUGUACGUGGACAGCGUGUCUGGCCUCAUCAGGCUCGUAUACAUCGUGGUGCUGGUCAUCUACCGCAUGAAAAUCCGCCGACACUACCGCAUCCCGCCCACAGACUGCUGCGAAGACUGCCUACUCGUCUGCUGCUGCGCGCCAUGCACGUACGUCUGUUGGCUGGAGAGGGAGGGAGGGAGGGAGGGAGGGACAGAUGCAUGGCAUGCAGCAGCUGAUAGGCCACCCAAUACGCUUUUCCCGAUGUCUCUCUCUGUCAGCAUUUGCCAGGAGUACCGACACGUCAGCCGCGCCAUGGGUAAGUAAGGAGAACACGACAAGACAAGACACGACACAAGACGGCACAGCACAGCACAGAACGACCAUUCGUGAAGAUACAUCGCUGGGAUUCUCACUCAGGCUACAAGCUUGACAUGCCGCCCAUCGUGAGCGCAACAAGGAGGGGAUGAAGGGAAGGGUGGGGGGAGGGGUCCGCCCAGAAGUCAUGUGUCUCUCCCUGUCAUGCAGAACCCAUCGGCAGCUGCACCCAUCCCUGCGGGCGCCCUCUACGUCCAGACCGUCCAGGUGGCCGCGCCGGCCGCGGUGCCCCAGGGCAGCACUGCUGCUGACACCGUAUGAAUCAACUAACCAAGCAAGUCGAGACACGCACGCACAGUUGGACCGCAGAGGGCGAGAAGGAGAACGAACGACUGAAUGAGCGAGUCCUACUAAGAUCGACAGAUGGAUGGAUGGAUGGAUGAGUGGAUGGAUGAGUGGAUGACUGCGGUGAUGGUUGAGUGAGUGAGGCUGCGACGUGGUUCAAUCCGGCUGGCUGGCUGGCUGGCUGGCUGCCCGCGACAAUUGAUUGCAUUGAGUGGCUGAGUGGAUCGACUGAGAGGGAGCACCUAAUCAACGAGACGAUUGACGGUUGAUACAUAGAUCGAUUGGUACGCUCGGUUGGUGGGUGCUAGUCAGCGCACCUGCACUUUCGUUCUCUGCAGUAAUUCGGCCCUUCAUAGGGAGGUCAAGGCAAGGUCAACGAGACCAAAAAAUGUGUCUGUCUGGUUGGUUCUUCAUGAACUGAAUGAAGCAUGCAGCCC